AUGGAAAUUCACAGACUUGCGAUUGUGUCAGUGUUGGUUUACUUGGUUCUAAUUUUGUGUUAUAUUUUGCAAAAGAAUGGUUUCCUUGCCAGACUUGGUCUAAAACUAAAUACCAGUUUUAGUGAAGUCUAUUUGGACCAUAACAAUAAUCCACCGUCAACGAACAACGAAACUGAGAUAAAUAUUGCAUUAGUUGUUUGUGGAGAUAGAUAUAAUGAAAGCAUGAAUAUGAUUAAAUCAGCAAUCAUAUUCAAUCAAAAUCAAUAUCCUUUGAAGUUUAUUGUGAUCGCUGAAGAGCAAUUGAAACAAAAUUUUGUAGCAGAUUUAACCGAUUGGCAAGAAAAUAACACGAAUAUCUUCAAGUUUGAAUUACAUUCCCCUGCUUUCCCUUCUGAACACGAAAACCAGUGGAAGGCGCUUUUCAAACCAUGUUCUGUACAAAGGUUGUUUUUCCCGUCUUUGCUGGCAAACAUCGAUUCAGUAUUGUAUGUAGACACAGAUAUUAUUUUUCUUUCGCCGGUUCACGAGUUAUGGUCCAAGUUUCAUAAAUUCAACUCUUCGCAGUUUGCCGGAUUGGCACCGGAACAGGAAUAUAGAGAAGCUGGUUGGUACAAUCGGUUUGCUCAACACCCGUAUUACGGAGAGUUGGGUGCUAACACGGGAACAAUGCUGAUGAAUCUGACUCGUAUGCGAGAUUUCAAAUUUGAAGAGCAAAUUAUGCUUAUCUAUAAAAAAUAUCAAUCAAAAAUAGUGUUUGGAGAUCAAGAUAUCCUAAACAUACUGUUCCAUGACAACCCAGAUCGAUUGUAUGUGUUUCCAUGUGAGUGGAAUUACCGACCAGACCAUUGCAUGUUCAAGGACGUAUGCGAGGCACCGGAUGGAAUCAAAAUUAUCCACGGGAAUAGAGGUUAUUUCCACACCCAAGAACAGCCUAUUUUCAGCUUAUUCUACAAAGCCGUCGAUGAGUAUACAUUCGGAACUGACAUCAAUUCGAACUUUUUUCAAAAAAUUAACAACUCAUUAGUUUUACCGAGUGAAUCGCUUUGUGAUAUGUUGUUGGAAAAAUUUUUGCAGGGAUCACUGAAUUAUUUUAAACACAAAUAAUGUGCGGUACAUGUUAAAAAUUAGUGAAUAGAGUGAAGUGUAAAGAAUGAAGCAGCAUACCGCAUUUUAGACAACAAAUGAUGCAAGCUUAUGUGCGAAAAUCCACAAACUGUAGAACCACCUGUCUCGCUUUGUGGAACAUAAAUCUCUCUCAACCAUAACUACACACUAGAGAUGGUCGGGUAUAGAAAUUCUUAUACCCGAACCCGACCCGUACCCGAGUGAUCAGCAAAAAAAUUUACCCGUACCCGACCCGUACCCGAUUAAAAAUUGAAAAAAUUACCCGUACCCGACCCGUACCCGAUCAAUAAUAAAAAAAAAUUACCCGUACCCGA